UUUGCCCCCUAAGUUGCAGCCCAAGGUCCAGCACUCAAAUAGGAAGGUUUAUUCCAAUUGUCAAUACUUGAAGGUGGCAUAGUCAACCCUAUCAUUUAGAGCAGUAUCCGUGAAUCUCCCGCAUUGAAAUAGACAGGCAAGCGCGUUUCGUUGACUUUGACAUUCUCUAUACUGAGCGUGCAAUUCACUCUUUAUCAUCCCUUCAUCGGAGAGCGAGAGAGACAGAGAGUCGGACUGUCGGAGAGAGAGAGAGAGAUGGGGAAAUUGUGUUACGAUCCCUACAUUCAACACUUCAGCCAUCCUCAUCCUUUAGAGCUUUCCAAUCUCCAGCAACAGCACCCGAACUUGGCUUCAUGUUCAGGCUGCAAGCAGAGCCCCUCCGGGUGGAUCUAUUCCUGCAAAGCCUGCAACUACAUCCUCCAUGUCUCAUGCGCUCAGAUGCCUCAGCUCAUCCAGCACCCAGCCGAUCCCACUCACGCCCUCACCCUCCUCUCUUUACCGGCCUACCCAGAAGGUGUCUUCAACUGCGACGCCUGUGGGCACAAAGGCAACGGCUUCAGCUACCACUGUGGAGCCUGCAGCCUCGACAUCCACAUCUUCUGUGCUACCAAGCCGCUCUCACUCAGCCACCAUGCCCACCCUCACACCCUUCAUCUGGCCUUCUUCCCUCCUUACCAGAACAAAGGCUUCUCCUGCGACAUAUGUAAAACCAUGGGCUCCAACCACUGGCUCUACCGGUGCAGUAUGUGCGAAUUCGAUGCCCAUCUGAAUUGUGCUUUUUCUAGGACCCAUCUGUCCCUUCAACCUCAGAUUCAAAGGUCUCAGCCCGUGCAGAUCCAACAAUACCAGUCAUUCCCACAAGCUGUUCAGCCUCCAUACAAGGCUCAAGCUCAGUUCCAGGCUCGGCCUCAACUUCAGGUUCAGCCCCAGUUCCAGGCAGCUCAGUCUCAAUUUCCGAUCCGGCCCCAGUUCCAGGCUCAGCCUCAAUUUCAGGUUCAGCCCCAGUUCCAGGCUCAGUCUCAAUUUCAAGCUCAGCCUCAGCUCCAGGCUCCCGGAGCUGCAGGGCUCAGUAAUGGGCCUCCACAGACAAACUGCUACGCAUAUAACCAGAAUAUGGCUACGCAACAGCCCAUGCAGCAGUCAGGGCUAAACGGGACUGGUAAUGCUUUGAUGGAUGCUGCGAUUCAAGGAUUCAUUACUGGUGCUUCUGAACAGCUUGACCAGGAUUUCAUGCAGAAUCUCACAGGAGGUGACAACGGUGGUGGUGGUGGUGGUGGCGGUGACGGUGGAGAUUCUUCUGCAUCUGUUCUAGAUGUUGGGUAGCGGCAUGUUUGGGGAUUCAGGGUCAACAAAUGAAUAGUUAGAAAUUAGAGUGCUUUGUGGAGAUAAAAUAGGUCUCUAAUGGUUUGCAGUUUGUGCUGUUAGUUAUCCAUCUCUUUGGUUAUUCUACUAAUUGAGGAUUAAGUUCUUGCUUUCGGGAAGAUGUUGGAUCAAGAUCUUGUACAGGAGUCUGAGAUUGUGAAAGUUUAAUUUGCCAAAGGCUCUGUAAU